CUGAGCAAGAGCCCGGAGACAAGUGAGUCUGAAUGUUCCUAUCCUCUCCAAAAUCACAUAGUUAGUGUCAUUCCCCACAAGGACUGCAUGAGCUGGGAUAGCCAGAGGGCAAUGGAAGAUCUGGGGCUCAGGGGCGCCCCCUGCUGUCUCCCCAGGGUCUGUCCCCUUCCGCAAGAGCCUCUGCUCCCCCAUUUUCCUGUGGAGCCUCCUCACCAUGGGCAUGACCCAGCUGCGGAUCAUCUUCUACAUGGCUGCCAUGAACAACAUGCUGGAGUACCUUGUGACUGGUGGCCAGGAGCUUGAGACGAAGGAACAACGACAAAGGGCCACAGAGACAGUUGGGUUCUACUCCUCCAUCUUCGGGGCCAUGCAGCUGUUGUGCCUUCUCACCUGCCCCCUCAUUGGCUACAUCAUGGACUGGCGGAUCAAGGACUGCGUGGAUGCCCCGACGCAGGGCACUGUCCUCGGAGAUGCCAGGUGACCUGCCAGCACAGGGCUGGUGACAGCAAGUGGUCAGGCAAUGCUUUUCAUUUUCCCUGUGCUUUAUAUCCAGCAUCUCAUUUCUUUCUCCCAGAAACCUAGCAGAGCAGGGGUACCUCUCCAUUUUACAGAUGAGGAAACUGAGGGUAGAAAGGGACCUGGCUUGCUUAAGAAUAGCUAAUGCGGAGUGCUGACUGUGCACUUGGCACCUUGCCCUGUUUAGGCCUACAGGACUUCUCUGAGGUAGGUGCGUUCAUAUCUUCAUUUUGCAGAUGAGGACACUGAGGUACAGGGUUGCACAGUGAAGUCACUCAUCCAAGAUCACACAGCUUUUAGUGGCAGGCUCCGGACCUGUGUUAUCAGGGUACACUCCAAAGUCUUGUUAGACUUGCUGGAAUAGAGUUGGUAUAUUAGAUAUUUAUUGCUGUAUAACAAAUCACCCCAAGG